AUCCAGAGCUCCAGUCUUCUCCAGUCUUCUCCAGUCUUCUCCAGUCUUCCAGCUGUCGUGUUUCUGCUCUGAACGUCUCAGAUGGACCGAUCCGCACAGGAGCUGUUUCUGAACUUUAUGGUUGUGUUGAUCACAGUUCUGAUCAUGUGGUUACUGGUCAAACAGUACCAGGAUGCUUGAGGAGCUCAUUCCUCCUCCUCCUCCUCCUCCUCCUCAUCAUCGUCCUCAGCUGUGAAGAUGAGCUCCAGCACCGGAUGAUGAUGUUUCUGCAGACGGAUGGAAGAUCUGCCAGUCAGGAUGGAUCGUCUCAUGAUGCCUUCAAAAGCAGCACAGUUUGUCCGUAUGGAUUAUUGUCAUGUGUUAAAUGUUAAAUGCUUUGAUACUCUGGAUGUUUAAUGUGAUAAAUUGGGAAAAACAGUCAAAUUAACUGCCAAAGGAGUGCCAGCAAUGUUGUGAGUGAAGACAUUGUUUUAUUUGUUUAAAUAAAGAACUCUUUGGCAAUGCAA